UUUGCCUGUGGCCGCGCGGGGUGACGCUGCUCGGUGCUGCCCCUGGCGGUGGCCGGCGGUAGCUCCUCCCGCACUUCCUCUCAUUCAGAGGCUCUGGAGCCGCCGCCGCUGCCGCCUCUUCCUCCGCAGCCUCCAACUUCCCGGCCGCCCGUCCCCGGUGACUGCACGAGGCCGGAGGGAUAACGGAGGGAGUGUCCCGGCCUCAGUGCUGUGUGCCCGGCCAACCUGCGGGAGAAGCCGAGACCAGGGAGGGACCCGGAGCUGCAAAUGGAGAUCUGAGCCAGGGGGAGGGAAGAAGCCGUCAUCGGGAGCGGGGAGACCGACAGGAGGAGCGGGGAGACCGACAGGAGGAGCGGGGAGACCGACAGGAGGAGCGGGGAGACCGUCAGGAGGAGCGGGGAGACCGUCAGGAGGAGCGGGGAGACCGACAGGAGGAGCGGGGAGACCGUCAGGAGGAGAGCCCUGCACCCACACUACUGCCGCCACCGACCAGGUGACGAUCGCAGCAGUCCCUAUCACCGGAGGCCUCCCUUAUUGUGUCUUGGGCCCAGACUGAUCCCUCGGGGGUCCCUGCCGUGACAGGUGCCAAAAAUGCAGACUUUCCUGAAGGGCAAGCGGGUGGGCUACUGGAUGAGCGAGAAGAAGAUCAAGAAGCUGAACUUCCAGGCCUUCGCGGAGCUGUGCAGCUCGACCUGUCCAAGCCCAUCGAGGACCAAGGCCCGCUGGACGUCAUCAUCCAUAAAUUAACAGACGUCAUCUUGGAGGCCGAUCAGAACGACAGCGAAUCAGUGCAGGUGGUGCAGAGGUUCCAGGAAUAUAUUGAUGCCCACCCUGAGACCAUCAUCUUGGACCCUCUGCCAGCUAUCCGCACAUUGCUGGACCGCUCUAAGUCCUAUGAACUCAUUCGGAGGAUUGAGUCCUACAUGCAGGACGAGCGCCUGUGUUCUCCGCCCUUCAUGGACCUCUCUACAGAAUGCACCGAGGACACCCUGAAGAUUAUAGAGAAGAGCAGCCUCGCCUUCCCCUUCAUCUGUAAGACAAGAGUCGCUCAUGGGACCAACUCACAUGAGAUGGCGAUAAUAUUUAAUAUGGAGGGUCUGCGGGCCAUACAGUGCCCCUGCGUCAUCCAGAGCUUUAUCAGCCACAACGCCGUGCUCUACAAAGUCUUCGUGGUCGGCGAUUCGUAUACUGUAGUGGAGCGGCCAUCGCUGAAAAACUUCUCACCGGGCAGCUCAGAUACAGAAACUAUUUUCUUCAAUAGUCACAAUGUGUCCAAACCAGAAUCGUCUUCAGUCUUAACAGCGUUGGACAAGGUAGAAGGCGUGUUUGAGCGUCCUAAUGAUGAUGUCAUCUGCGCCAUCUCCAAGGCUCUCCGACAGGCUCUGGGCAUCUCGCUAUUUGGAAUUGAUAUUAUAAUUAAUAACAAAACCGGCCAACACGCCGUCAUUGACAUCAACGCCUUCCCAGGGUACGAGGGCGUCCCGGAAUUCUUCGGGGAUCUCCUGAACCACAUCGCGACCAUCCUCCAGCGCACGGAGAUGAACGCGAACAAGCCCCCCUCGGAGCAGAUAACCGCGGCCGUCAUGUGCUGCGCCCCCGCCGCCCGGAUAGACCCCUGGAUGGUGGAGAACGACUCCAACGGAGCAGUGAAACUGCAAAGCCAAAGACUAGGGUGCAACUCGGCCGUGUCCCCCAACUUCCAGAAGCACUGUGUGGCGUCGCUGGCGACAAAGGCGUCCUCGCAAUAGUCCCGGAAAAAAAAAAAGCCACCUGAACAAGUAAGGGGUUAAAAGCUGAAACGAGCAGCGAUUCUGAUGGGAGAACCCCGGACAGGAAUAAUCUGCUGCGGCCGCCUAUAUACAUAUUUUCUUCUUAGAUAUCAAAUCACCACUUCACAACGGAAUCCUCAGAGAGAACCUUCUACCUGUACAGCGCAAAAAGAUCGAAACGAACGGAAUGCAGAUUUUAUUUUAUUCUUUUUUUUUUUUUUUUUUUUUUUUUUUGUGCAAAUGUUCUAUAAGAAGAAAAAUAAUAUGGAAUUAUUUUUAAAGAGAGAAAUUUUAUUCUGUAAAAAAAAAAAAAUACAAAAAAAAAAAUUCCUCGAUAGUAAGUAAUGUCCGGUGUGACCACUGCCGCCAGUUUGCCUCACCGCAGGAUUUCCGAUUUUUAUUAUAAUUUUUUUUUUUUCUUUUUAAUUCUUGAUAUUCAGCUCCUGUAGGUUUUUCGGCGCUUUGUUUAGUUUAGUGAUUCGCCUAGACUACAGUCCUGGGCGCGGUGCGGCGCCCCCUGCAGACCAGACGAUACAUUUCUGCUCCACCUGCGUGACUGUCAGAGCGCUUCUUACUUCUGUCCACCCCGCGUGCGUGGAUGGCUCUUCUAUUUCAGUUUUAUAGAAAAAAAAAGAGAGAAUUAAUAAAUGUAUAUAUUGUCGAGAUGAUCCUGCUGAUUAAACCCGAUGUACUCCGUCACGGAGCGUCACCGC